AUGGCGCCGCUGUCUUCAGCCCCAUCCUCCCGGCCGGACCCGUCGGCGUCGGCGUCGGCGCGCCCGGCCGAUCCGGCCGAGGUCCCGGCCACCACGAUCCUGCGUGCCACCGCCAGCACGCCGGAGCUCCAGUCAAUUCACUCGCAACUGCGUGUUCUGGAGCAGACCAGCGUCGCCCUCCGACGGACCGAGAGCAAGCUCCUGAAGGACACCGAGUCCUGCCGCGGCGAGGUCGUCGCUCAGAUCAAGCGCGUCAAGACCUUGCAGUCGCUCAUGCUCGAGCAGGGCGCCUCCAAGCAGGAGCUCGAAGAGAUCGAUGAGCUGUCCAAGCGCCUCGACAACCUGGACUCCCGAUUCCCCCGGCCCUCGCGGGCCAUGCUUCGCCUGUCCCUCGGGUCGGCGAAUGUGGCCAUGGCCUUCAAGGACCGCUUCCGCUACAAGGCCGAGUAUGAGACCUUCAAGUUCCGCUUCACCAUCAUCCAGCUUGCCCUCGCCGCCGCGGUCCUCUUCCUCAUCACCGGCUCCGGCAACAUGUACACCACCUUGCGCAUCUAUCAUGGGAAGCUCGUCCGGAGCCGCAACCUCCGGGAGGCCGUUCGCCGGGCCACCGAGAAGGAGCGCCAGCGCCAGAACCUCCUGAAGCACCAGCCCGCCUGCGGGACGGCCGCCGCCCCGGGGCCGGCCGCCCCCCCCGUCGUCGUCCCGGACGCGGCGCCAGCACCGGCUGAGCCACACCCGGAGCCGGUGUCGCAGCCCCCCCCGGAGCCCGCCCCGGCGGUGUCGCGGCCGCGCGUCGUCUUCAGCAAUGACGACCCGGAUGUCGAGCCGGGCGCCGAGCCUCCGGGCACCGGCGACCUGGAGCACUCGGUCGACGAGGAGACCGACACCGUGGUCAUCUCCUCCUCGGCGCGCAUCCCCUCCGAGCAGGCGGACAUCCGCAUGGUCAAUGCCAGCUGA